AUAUAUUACCACGAAGCCGGUAACGGUUUUGCAAAGAUGAUGCAUGUCCUCUGAGCAGACGGGUCGACGCACACCGGAUUGAGGCGACGCGCACUACGCCUGAGCCAUGGUGUACAUGGUAUUAUGCCGUGAAGCUACUACUUAUAAUGUAAAUGCUUGCAUAUUAGUAGAUGAAUGCUUGCUAGCUACUUGAAGUUCGUCAUCAUCUUCAUGAAUUUCAUACUAGUAAUCAUCAAUCUAGGCGCGUGGAGCUACUCCUCCAUCCGCCGCUGCUGGACCUUCGAGUUCCGCUUCAUCGCGAGAGCAGAUGUUCUACUCCACGCAACCGAUAACGGAUUUCCUUUACUAUCCGAAAAGGACGACCUGGGACACAGCCUCUGGCUUAACGCCUUCAGCGCCCUCAUCGGCCGGAAAGAGUACCAGAAAGGAGAAUCGCACUCCACGAGAACCAACUGCCCUGCAAUGCUCACCGGCUAGAGACGAAGAUGCCGGACACCAUGUUUCGCUCGAUGUGGUCGACAACAGAGGAGAUGCCUUGGUCGGGAAACAAGGUCGCGGAGGAAGGAGUAUACAACCACCUCGCAUAGACUUGCAAUGGCUUCUACGAGGUGUAACGGCUUCAUCGAGUGGUAAAAAGAAGGAGGAAGAGGAGCAACGACCGGUCUUGGGCUCGCCGAAUGACGUGCCGUUGCCAGAUGACCCGCCGCGUGUUUCGCUGACGUCGUGGUUGCUCAUUAUGAUGUUGUACAGAUUUUUUCUUGAAGAUCAUGCGGUGGGAGUGGGUGUGGUCUAAUAUAAUCUACAUAGAAUACCGGUUCUGCUAGUUUUAGUUACCACUCUUUGAUAGGGUACGCUUCUUUCUUCAAGAACCAGCUGCAACAACAUUCUGCUAAGUCAAAAGAUCCCACGAUUACCUCCCCUCCGCCUCGCAGAUCUCGUGCUUCUACAGGCCUGCGAAACACAUGGGCUCCUGGUGCGAAUAACUUCUACCAGACCAGGCCAGCAGGUGGUGGAUCUAUGUACUACGACAAGAGGACGACAGUAGGUGGCUCAAUGAAAUUUGUAUUUGAAGCUUCAUCUGCCACGACUCAAGAUCAAGCACAGCAAGGAAGAGACACUACUGGUGAGACAACCACCAAAACCGUGGAUGUGCAUCACAGUACUCAACAGCAGUUUCGAAACUACAGGACGGCGCAGGCUGCAGAAGGUGAGCAGGCAGUUUCUCAACAACAGCUGCAAGGUGCCACGCCUCCAACACGUCUUAGGCUGCAUUCAGAUGAUGGCAUGCGAACAGUGUCAGUGGAAAUUCAUACGGGUGAGGAGAAUGAAGAUCUACAGGAAACAAGACUUGUUCAAGACCGUAGUGAAGAGCAGGAAGACCAUCCUGGUGAUUCUCACUCAUUGACUCAGACAACAGUUGGACAAAGAACGGUCAUUGUAGAACCGUCAUCUGGAGGAUCUGUGGUGCAACCAGUAGUCGACGUCGGGACAGGGACUUACUUCGUGAAAAGGUCAGCAAGUGGCGGCUAUCUUCGUGAACAGAAGAACAAUAGCAAUACAAGGCCUUCUGCGACGAGUACUUCCAGUCCACUAGGAGGCGGCCCGCCUGUUCGGUUCUCAACAACGUCAAGUCGGAGAACGACCGUGAAUUCCUCAACUCUGAAGGAUUAUGCGGGAGGUGGAAGAGAACGAGCAGCAACUUCCUUAAACAAUUGGGUUCGCCCUGGAGCAAACAUCAAGAGCAAUGCCACUCCUUCUCCACCUGGCAAAGUGCCUUCACCAGGAACGCUGAACUUGGUCGGCACCAAAAUUGGUGGAAUAUUCAAGCGAAAAGCGACUUCGUCUACGACGACUACACCUUCGCCUCCAUCUCGGCAAAUGCAAGGGAAUCCGUCGUUAAGAUGAGACAUAUUAAUCAUUUGAAUGCAAAUGUUGACUCUUGUAGUUUGGCUUUCGUCGAUUGAAGUCAAUUCAUUCUUUCAGAACUACUCUCUCAUUCAUCAUCAUCCUCAUCAUCAUCCUCAUCAUCAUCCUCAUCAUCCUCAUCAUCAUCCUCAUCAUCAUCCUCAUCAUCAUUCUCUAACUCUAGCCGGAUCUGUCUCCGGAGGAAGUCGCCCUGCCCACCAGAGUUCGACAGUAGUGCAAGUUUUGGCUUCUCCAGAGCAAUCGCCAGGAGGAGCAUCCUUUGUACUACCUAAGUUUGCUCAGCUCUUUCAGACUAUGGGACGCGGUGUGCUUCGGAAAACACGUGGACGCUCAGCGUCGGAAAUUCUGGGAGUUGGAGGAAGAGGCUUGCCACCAUCUUCUGGAGGCGGCGUAACGACAACUUCUACACACCGUAAUCUUGAAAACCUGAACAACAACCUGUCACCAUCCUCUAUUUCAGGAGUACCACCUCCUCCAAAUCUUGAAAACCUGAACAACAACCUGUCACCUUCGAUUCGAAAACUCGGAGAGGGAACCGGCCUCCAGUUCGCACUUUCUGGUGCGGCACCUGCACCAAACCCAUUUGUUACAACUACCUUGUCUCCAGCUCCAAGGCACACAACUGAUGUUUUGUUUGGCACGAACAACAUAAGCCGUAUUACAGUGACAUCAACAACCACCGCGGCAGGUGCAGAAAGCAGCGCCUCAACACAACCUGGAAGAAUAUCAGAACAGCACGAGCAAGUAGAAGCUGUUCCUUCUGCUCAUGAGGGUAAGAGUUUUUACUGUGGUCGCGCAUCUGCUGUAUCUUCUUCAUCAACAAGGAACAAACCAGAACAAGCACCACAAGGAGAACAGCAAUACAAACAAUCGUUGUACACGACGACACCAGAAAAACGAGUUUCUUCGCGUUUUUCGAAUUUGUCGCCUUACCCCUACAAGUAUGACUUUGGGAGGUAUCAAGAUGGACAUCCGCCAACUACAACAGACGUUGAUGUCGGGUAUCAUGCAGCUGCGGGAGGAACCUCUGCAGGCUCACAAUCACACCCAGAACUCGGUCAUAAACACAUGUCGUUGUACACUUCCUCACCUCCCAAACACAUGCACAUGAUACCAUCUGGAUCUUCUGCACUGCCCAGGAUGUCUGAUGUUUCUACGACGCCAGGUCAUAAUUCUUGCACAACAACUAGGACUCUACUUGGCUUCCAUCAAAGGAAUUCUACCUCAACCUCCCCUCCGAAUUCGUCAGCGAUUGCAGGGCGACCUCUAGUGGAUUCAUCUCCGUACGAUGAAGAGAUGGAGAAGAUGAGCAGGUCUGGACCGACGCGCUUUGAUUGUAGUCCUAAGACAUCGCCAAAACAAGGGCUUGGAGAUGCUGCAGGAUUGAUACUGGGUCCUGGUGGAGGUGACCUUGGUGGAAGCGAGGAAAAGCGUUUCUCUCUGUCGGGAAGAAAAACAACAACUACCAGCAGUGGUUGUAUGAUUCCACCACCACCAGCUGCUUCUACUUCAUCUAGUACACCAACAACUAAACAGGGAGUUAAUCUCAUCAACAAUGGAGGUGGUACCGACCAACACCUUCCAUGUCCACGCAAGAGCAAUAUCCUCCAAGGUCGCAGCCCGCGUGUACAUCAAACCGCAGCAAGCGCAGAAGUCGCAAGGAAUCUGGAGGAGUUGAACAGUAUGCCCACAGGUAUGGUGAUAUCGCCAGUUUCGAGGCUGUCUCGCAAAAAAGUCGAACGUGAAGAUUAGCACUACUACUUACUUGGUUGUACUUAUGACCCGGCUUGGCGGCUGCAACUGGACAACGAGUACGAUCAAGAGGAUCACCCGAUUUUCAAAGACAAGAUUAUGUCUGCUGUCUCGCAAACAGAAACUGAAAACCGGUUAGUUUUUACCUCUAUAGGCUUAGCCCUUCAAACAACACCUUAUAGAUGCCACGUAGUGGCCACAUGAUCAUCUACAAACUGCACCUCCUCGUCCUGCAGGAGUCUUUUACUUGCUUUUACGUAGAUGAAAUCGAAAACUCGGAUUAUUGUUGAUUUGUCAUUUUCAUCUCCCUUUGUUUCUUGAUGCUUCUCAAGUUUGCAUAGACUCACGUUGUUGGCAUGCUUCACAACUCGUUCUAGUUCUUCUUGCAUUUCUUUCUUCCUGACACAUUUUCUAAUUACUGUCAUCGUCCCGUUUCUGUUGCAUGGACCACGAAGAAAGAUGCACGCUUGUAAGCACACAGCAUCUACUAGGACUUUGUGUUUGUCGUAGACGAGUGCCUGAGACCAUGAC